AGGCGGAGUAGGGACUGGAGGGAGUGGGGGGAAGAGGCCUCGCUCCGAGGAGGGAGCAAUUGAAUUUCAAACACAAACAACUGCAUGAGCGCUCACCCACCUCCCGGGAGCUAAGGACCCCUAAUCGGCGGCCCGCACCCCUUUGCUGGAGGCGGAGAAGGAGGAGAAGGCGCGGAGAACUGAGCCUCGGAAGCCGGGGCCGGGGGGGGUGGGCGCCUAUUUCAAGGCAGGGGGGAUUGCACGAGGAAGAGGAGGGGGCCCGAGCGGCGCCUCCCCCUGUCCCCCCUUCGCGGUAGCGGAGUCAAACUUCAGCUCUCUCCUUCCCCGGGCCCCCCUCCCGCUCCAGAAUUGAGUUUGGGGGAGCCACCGGAACCCCCAAGAUGUCCCGCUCCAACAGGCAGAAGGAAUACAAAUGCGGAGACCUUGUGUUCGCCAAAAUGAAGGGAUACCCUCACUGGCCGGCCCGGAUUGAUGAAAUGCCGGAAGCUGCAGUGAAGUCAACAGCCAACAAGUACCAAGUUUUUUUUUUCGGGACUCAUGAGACAGCAUUCUUGGGUCCCAAAGACCUCUUCCCAUAUGAGGAAUCCAAGGAGAAGUUUGGCAAACCCAACAAGAGGAAAGGUUUCAGUGAGGGUCUAUGGGAGAUAGAAAACAAUCCUACUGUGAAGGCCUCUGGCUACCAGCCAUCCCAGAAAAAAGGGUGUCCGGAAGAUGCCGAGCCGGAUCGAGAGGUGUCAGAGGGGGAUGGGGAGAAGAAGGGGAACACAGAUGGCAGCAGCGAUGAGGAGGGGAAGCUGGUGAUUGAUGAACCUUCAAAGGAAAAGAAUGAGAAGGGAGCACUGAAGAGGCGAGCCGGGGACUCACUGGAGGAUUCCCCCAAACGACUUAAGGAAACCCAGGACCCUGAGGGGGAGGGGGAUGAGAAAGAAGAGCUGGCCCUAGAGGGAGAAAGAGCCCUCCCCACCGAGGGGGAGAAGAACAGUGCCCCCUUGGAGCCAGGCCCCGGCCGGGGUUUGGUUGAAGAGGAAGAGGAGGAGGAAGAAGAAGAAGAAGACGAAGAAGAAGAAGAGGCUGUCAAGGAGGAAGGCCCUACCCAGGGUGUCAGAGAUCACAAGGAGAGCCUGUAGCCGACAAUGUUUCCAGAGGAGCCCCCACCCUGUUCCUGCUGCUGUCUGGGUGCUAUUGGGGAAACUGGUCAUUGCCUGCAAACUGGGAACCCCCCUUCUCCUGCCCCCUGUCCCUGAUACCCUGACAUCGGCAGCUCUCUCUUUCUCUCUCUUUGAGCACCCCCUCCCCACUCUCCCGGGCCCAGCCCAAACUGGGUAAGGAAGGAAAGGAUCAGGGCCUGGCACCACUGUCUCUCACCACUCUCUCUGACCCUCUUUUACUUGGCAGUGGAAUGCCUCUCCCCUCUCCUGAGUCUCAACCCCUUCCCCACUGUCCUUAUUACCCCCAGCUCUGAUUUUUGGGAGGACCCAGUUUUGGGCAGGGUGCUAGCUUCUGAGGGCUGUUAUUUCAGUGGGGAGUUGACAGGGGCUUUCCUGGACUGGCUAACUUCCUGACCUUUCCCUCAGCCUUUCCCCACCUCCACCCCCAUCCCUGGAAAUACUGGUGAGUUAGGAUGUGGGUUUUGGAAAGGAAAGGAUGGAAGGUGGGCUAUCGGAAGGGGGCUGCCCAAAGUCUGGGAGGAGGGUGCAGCAUUACAUGAGAAAAGGGGCUGUCUCUUGAGGGAAUAAUCUCUGCCCUCCACCCCUGAUCUAUCAUCCCCAUGCCCUGGGAUGAUUUGCUGAUUCAGGGAAAGUCUGACAACUGAAGUGGGGUUAGGUAGGGGAAUAAAUGCCUGGUGAUUGGCCCCAUUCCUGCCUCUGGUAGCCUAGAGCAUUCUGGGAGUGAUAGUUGUCCCAGUCAUUGUUUCUAGGGUUAUUACCUUGGGGCACUGAGGGUCUAGCAAGGGGUUAGGGUAGUCUUUUAGUAGGUUCACGGAGAAGGUGGCCUGGGGAGGGUGUGACUAUUUAAAAGACCAUCUCCAGUGAGGGGUGAGAGAUUGCUCUUCAUACUGCUAUCUGUCUAUUCCUGCCUUUAGCAUCAUAAGUCUCCCUCUCAGGGUCCAAUACCUGGGAAGAAGUUGCCCUAGUGAGAUGAGGUGGGGAAGCUGGGCAUUAGAUCCCUCCCCUUCACUCCUUCUAAUCCCCAUCCCCUGGUGCUUCAGGCCUUCCCUACAGGAAUAUUUAUCACCAAGGCAAAGUAAAAGUAAAGUGGCAUUUUUUAGGAAGCAUUUUUAAUAAAAAAAAAUUACAAAAAAAAUUUUAAAAGAUUCCCAAAUCCUCCAUGCCCCUCUUUUCCCCUCUCCCCCCUACCCCUAUCUACCCACUUCUGCUUCUCCAUCCUCUUGGCUUUCCUGACCCUUACUUCCCCUAUCUCCAUUCUGUCCUCCACUCCCUACUGCUGCACCUGGAUUUUCUGAUUUGCUGGAAAUGUAGCUGUCUUAUUUGGGGUUUAAUGGCUUUCUUUUUUGUAUCUGGGCUUUGGUUUUUUUCCUUGUGUCUCUCUUGUGUUUUUUUUCUCUUCCCUGGUGUCUCCCCACCUACUCUCAAGAAAUAAACCCAUUCCUCUUGCUGUUAUCA